AUGGCCGAGAGUGUGCAGACUCAUCCUGCUGGUCCUCCUGGGCUUGCUCACGCCGGCCCCAUGCUGACCACAUUAGCAGCGAUAGAUGAGCGAGAUGUUAUUCAUGGCAGAAAAUCUCAAGAAAUAUGUGGAUACUACAACUCCCAAAGCCCGACAGUUAAGACUCUAUUUGAAUCCUCUCAUAGUAAUCUCAUUAGAAACCUACAAUAA